AUGAAUACUUACUAAACUCAUACACAUUAUGAUAAAUUGGCUAAAAUAACUACUAAUGAUAUCAACUUACAUUAAAGCAAAAAGUAGCAUAGGAAUAAUACUCCAUCAAAUAAAAAAAGAAAUAACUCUCUACAUAAUUAUUGCUUUUAGUAAUAAAAUGAAGAAGAAAAAGUUAAAACUAGUACACGUAUAACAGGAUAGCAAUUAAAAAAUAUAUUAGAUAAAUAUCGUUCUAAAGUUUAGGAGAGUAUGGAAAGAUCGAAACUAUUCAAUUAAACAUCGACUCGCUACUCACCAUAAAAUUAUAUUUAAAGUGAUGAUGUUCCUCAUAAACCUUAAAUUUUAACUCCCUCAAACUCUAAUCCCAACUCUACUCGAAAAUUUUCAACAGUAAAAGAAGUACCAUAUUUAUAUGAGGAAAGCGAAAGAAAAAAAACAAAAAGUAUAUCCAUACAAACAAUAGUUGCUGAAAACGACAUAAAUGAUUAAAAGUUAUAAUAAAACUAAAAUAUCAAUUCACAGAAUGAAUACUAAGCAUAUCUCUAACAAAAUAAUUUAUUCACUCUUAAUCCUUAAAAAUCAAAUAAUAAAUAUAAGUCAACGAUUGAAUCUAAAUUAUAAAACAACAAUUCCUAAUUUGAAAAUAUUCAAAAAAAUUUAGAAUAUUCUUUGCUUGAUAGCAGUUCAUAACAAUAAAACGAUUUUCUUGAUAAAAUGACGGCAAAUUUCAGCUAUAUUAAAAAUAAUUAAAUGAGAAAUAAUAGCAGCUUAAGAUAGAAAAGUAGCAUAACUUCAAAUGAUUAAAAAUAAGCUUGUAGAAUACCAACAGAAAAAGAUGAAAAAGUAAGCAUAAAAAGUAAAAAAUUAGAACCAAGUAGGAUAGGACUAAAUUCAAAUACAGGAACUUUAAAUGAAGACAGCUAAGGAUCAUUCAAUCAAGAUAAACCGCCUGUUUCGAUAUAAUCAAAUAAAGAAGAGGAAUAGAAUAAUAACUCAAGUUAUUUAUAAUACAAAGAUUACAUAUAAUAAAAAUCUAUAAUUUUACCAUAAAUACCAAAUUAAAAAAUAAAAGGAGUGUAAAACGAUUUAGAAAACCAUCUAGAUUCAUCAAUCAUUAACUUUAACAGUUAACUUAGUUUAGAAAAUAAUAUUUCAAAAGAGAAAAUACAAAAAAAGAUAUAAUAGCACAAAAGAAUAACUUAAUCUCCCGAAUUAAACGAAAUCGUUAAAGUUGAUUCAAAUAUAAAUAUUCUUCUAUCAAAUGAUAAUCUAAAUUGA